CAGCCAGCUCCUUUAUAGAUCCCUGGCUCCCCUCCAAGGCCUCCAGGCUUUGGCAGCGUCGGAGAACGAAGACAUGGCCAGAGAACCUGACAGCGCGCUGAGAUGGGCAGCCCUGUUGGUCCUCGCCACCCUGGGCACAGCUGUGAUGGCGGCCACCAACCCCGGUGUCGUGGCCAGGAUCACCCAGAAAGGCCUGGACUACGCCUGCCAGCAAGGAGUGGCCGUGCUGCAGAAGGAGCUGGAGAAGAUCAAGAUCCCAGACUUCUCAGGAAGCUUCAAGAUCAAACAUCUCGGGAAAGGACAUUAUAGCUUCUACAGCAUGGUUAUCCGUAGAUUCCAGCUUCCCAGUUCCCAGAUAAGACUAGUGCCCAAUAAGGGCCUUGAUCUCUCCAUCAGAAACGCCAACGUGAAGAUCAGUGGAAAAUGGAAGGCCCGAAAGAAAUUCAUCAAAACCAAGGGCAACUUUGACCUGGGUGUGGAGGGCAUCUCCAUUUCGGCUGGUCUGGAGCUGGGCUUUGACCCCGCCUCAGGCCUCCCCACGGCCACCUGUUCCAGCUGCAGCAACCACAUCAAAAGUGUCAGCGUGCACAUCUCAGGCGGCAAGCUGGGGUGGCUGAUCCAACUCUUCCACAAAAAAAUAGAGUCUUCGAUCCGAAAGACCAUGUCCAGCAAGAUCUGCCAGAUAGUGACCAGUUCUGUGUCCUCCAAGCUGCAGUCUUAUUUAAAGACACUUCGAGUGACAACCAAAAUAGAUGAGGUCUCUGGGAUCAAUUACUCACUGGUGGCAGCUCCGACAGCCACGGCUAACAACCUGGACUGGCAGCUGAAGGGGGAGUUUUUCAGUGUGGCACACCCUAGUCCUCCUCCCUUCACCUCACCAGCGCUGGACUUUCCCGCCAACCAUGACCGCAUGGUGUACCUGGGCAUCUCCGACUACUUCUUCAACACAGCGGGGCUCGUGUACCAACAGGCGGGGGUCCUACACCUGACCAUCACGGACAACAUGAUACCGAAGAGAUCCAAAUUCCGACUGACAACCACAUCUCUUGGAACCCUCAUACCCCAGGUGGCCAAGAUGUUCCCCAACAUGCCAGUGCAAUUCAACAUCUGGGCCUCGUCCCCACCGCACCUCACCGUGCUCCCCACCGGCCUCGUCUUCACCCCUGCCCUGGAGAUCCAGGCCUUUGCUGUGCUCCCAAACUCCUCCUUGGCUUCCCUCUUUGUGCUUCACCUGAACACGAAUGCUUCGAUGGAGGUCAACGCCACGGCUGACAGGCUUGUAGGAAAGCUCAGCUUGGACACGCUGCUCCUAGAACUGAAGCACUCGGACGUUGGCCCCUUUUCGGUUGUGGUGCUGCAGGCUAUCAUGAAUUAUGUUCUGCCCCUGACUGUGAUUCCCAGGAUUAACGAGCGGCUGGAGGAAGGCUUCCCUCUCCCGCUGCCCGCCAACAUCCGGCUCUUCAACCUGGUGCUUCAGUCCCACCAGAAUUUCGUGCUGUUUGGUGCAGAUGUUCACUACGGCUGAAGUCGUCAUGGGUGCCGGGGGGCCGUUAGCCCUGCCGGGGGGGGGGGCGGGGUUGUUGGCACCCCCUCCUGAUGUGCCCAUGGGGGCACAGGCUGCCUUUCCCCAGCCCUUGAACCAGAAACCCUUGCAAAUUUCUCUGAACUCAGAUUCAGAAAUUCUCUAAAUACAGAAACUUCGUUCCUUGAGAAAGUGUGCGGUGUGUACUUUAGGGAUUAUGCAUUUUCCUGCAAGGGCUAAGUCUGCACCAAGAUUUCCUCCAAGAAUUGCUUUCCAGUUGUUACCACACUAUUUCUCAUCGAGCUUCAUACCCC